GGGCAGCGACCAUGGCGGCUCACGUGAUGCACCCGAGCCUGGCGGUGGUCGACACGCCCCACGGCCGCGGGCUGCGAGCCACGGCGCCCGUUCGCGCCGGCGAGCGCCUGCUCUAUGCGCCCGCGGCGGCGCAGCUCGACGGCGUCGAUGCUGAUGAAUUAGCGACGACGCUGCUCGCGGAGCUGGAGCGCGGUGCGCACAAAUGGCUGGCUUCGCUGCCGCGCGGCGUCGCCUACAGCGCGGCGGGAUGUGACGACGCGACGCGGGCCGCGCUCUGCGCCACCGCGGGCGGCGGGCUCGGGGAUUGCGCGUUUGUCCGCAGCGUGGGCCAGGCCCAGGGGCGCGCAGACCAGCGCUGGGCGCGGAGCUUCGUCGUGGCGAACGCUUUGCGGGUCAAGUCGGGCCAUCUCCGGCUAGCACCCCUAUUCACGCUGCUGAACCACGGCGAGGACGGGCUGCGACCGACAGAACUGGAGGACGGCGCUCUGAGCCUGGAGGCCGCCCGCGACCUACAGCCUGGCGACGACGUGCGCAUCGACUACGGCCAUGGGUCCCACGGCGGCGCGGGCGUGCUCCACCGCUACGGAUGGUUCCCGUCGACGGCUUCGACCGAAUUCGUCGUCUUUAACGAGGCGUCGGACGACGCGAUUCUAGAAAAACUGCGGAAGCGCCUCGCGCUCGAUAACGGCGUGACGCUGCGUUCCGACGUAUCCGGUCCCAACGAGGCGUUGGAGCUUGCGUCUCUACUCCCGGUCCUCAGUUCCAACAGUCUUGUUUCGUUGUCAAGGCGGCUUGAUCGCGGCGAAGACGGAGACGACGCGUCGACGUCACAGGCCUCGCCCACGAAGUCGGCGUCGUCGUCUUGUGGCUUAUUCGGGCUGUUCGCCGCGGAGACGGACCGCGACGUCGCUUAUGGGUGGCUCCUGCGCCGGUCGCCGCAACUCCUGGCGCGCGCCCGCGCCCACUGCUGUUCCGUGCUCGACUCUGCCCUCUCGGCGUCGCGCAAGAACGCCGCGUCGGCGAUCGCACGCGGCGGCGCGGCGGUCGCGUCGCUGAGGGAGCACUGCGCGCGCUACCGUUUAUCAAGGGAGGCCAUGCUCGAGCGAUACGCGGCGCCGCUGCGGUGUAGUAAGAGCUAG